AAUUUGCUUACUAAGAUGAGUAGGGAUUACAAAAAUUUUGCUGAACUGACAAUCGACUUUAUAACAAAAGUUAUAAACGCAUAUAUGAUGAAUUUCGAAGUUAUGAAGCGUAUAAAAUCAAUAAAAAAAAUAAUCGCUGAACACAAUAAGGAUUACGAAAAUGGAAAAACUAGUUUUCGAUUAGCGACAAAUACAAUGGCAGAUAUGAAUACUAAAUUAUAUCUGAAAAGCUACUUGCGAUUAUUGCGCAAUCAUCCGAAUGAGACGCUAGAUAUUAUGGCUGAUGUAGUCGGAUUGACAUUAAUGAGCAAUGUUCCAGAUUCUUAUGAUUGGCGAAAGCAUGGAUUUGUCACAUCGUCAAGCAAUCAAGAAACAUGUGGAUCUUGCUAUGCCUUCAGCAUUGCUCAAAGUAUUGAAGGACAGAUCUUCAAGCGUACAGGCAGAUUGCUAAGUUUAAGUGAACAGCAAAUAAUCGAUUGCAGUAUACCCUAUGGCAAUCGAGGAUGUAUUGGCGGAUCACUUCGAAAUACCUUAAAAUAUCUACAAGCAACCGGUGGUAUUAUGAGAUCUCUAGAUUAUAGAUAUACGGCGAAGAAAAAAAAUUGUCAAUUUGCAUCAGAGCUGUCUAUUGUUAAUAUAACCUCUUGGGCCAUUUUGCCUGCUAAUGACGAAAAUGCAAUUCAAGCUGCUGUUGCACAUAUUGGCCCAAUUGCAGUAUCCAUAAAUGCAACUCCCAAAACCUUUCAAUUAUAUAGCAAUGGUAUUUACAAUGAUGUGUCCUGUUUGUCAACUUCCGUAAAUCACGCCAUGUUAGUGAUUGGUUAUGAAAAAGACUAUUGGAUACUCAAGAACUGGUGGGGCGAACAAUGGGGAGAAGCUGGAUAUAUGAGAAUGCGGAAAGGUGUUAACUUAUGCGGUAUUGCAAAUUAUGCUGCAUAUGCUAUAGUUUAAACUAAUUACAAUAAAUAUAUCAAAUAAAAUAAAA